AUGGAUUUUGACCAGAAUAGACAGCGAGGACGACCAUUUGCAUUUGAUCCCAGUGGCAUGCAGUCACCGCUUCCACGGAGCGCACGCCCGCUGAACCUCGGCUUUAGUGGUUCAACAGCCAUUCAAAGCAACAGCAGUAUGACAUAUGCAAAGCCGAUUCUGAUGCCAACGUCUAUCAGACCUGUGGGAAGCGAUUAUAGCAGGCAGAAGCAGGAGCAGCCUCAAGCGCAAACACAACCACAAAGCACAGGUAUCAGACCCACACCACUGAAUGUCGCAGCAGACAGGAAUAAGGAUUCAGUACCAGCGCCAAAGGCAGCAAGCGCAAGUGGAAAUAGCACCAAAGGCAAACGAGGACUACAAAACAGUACAAACAACAGCGCACAUGUUCAGUUGCCUGUGCAAAAGAGAACCAAGGCACAACACACCAGGUCCUUGAAGCGGGCAGUUGGCAGUGUGCUUGGUGCUAUCGAACACAGCGACAUGGAGGCCAGCCAGGUCGUGAUUCGGGAUUCAAGCGACGACGAGUUCAGCGGGAGCAUUGACUUUCCUGACGACAUCCUGCAGAUGAGCCCAGGCGGACUGGGUCUGUCUGAUGCGUUAGCCAAGCCAACAGGGAUUGCAGAGCAGGGAGCCGCAAAAACAGAGGAGCCAGAGGAGCCAGAGUUUGACCCAGAUCUCACCCCUGCAGCUGCAAUCCAGCACAUCAAAGGCAAGCAACACGCUGAUGUCGUCAUCCAGCCACGUAACUGA